CUCCCUUUAAAUUUACUGCUCACCACCGUUUCUAUUGCCAGAGUGGGAGAGUUGUCAAGAACAUUGAGAGAGAGAUCUAGAGAGAGGAAUUUAAAUUUUAAGCUUUGCCAUGGACAAUGGAAAUGGUGAUGAAAACCUUGCUGAUGAUGGUCGGGCCAUUAGAACCGGUACUUUGAUGACUGCAAGUGCCCACAUAAUAACAGCAGUGAUAGGGUCAGGGGUGCUGUCAUUGGCAUGGGCUAUGGCUCAAUUGGGGUGGAUUGGGGGUAUAAUUGCUCUGGUUACAUUCUCUCUCAUCACUUGGUUCACUUCUGUUCUGCUUGCUGACUGCUACAGGCAUCCUGUCACAGGCAGCAGAAACCACACUUACAGUGAGGUCGUCAGAGCCAAUCUAGGAGGAAUCAAAAUCCAGUUUUGCGGUUUGGCUCAGUACACGACUCUAAUUGGAGUAAGAAUUGGAUGCACAAUCACUACGGCUAUUAGCAUGGCGGCCGUUAAACGAUCAGAUUGUUUCCACAAGCACGGCCACGCUGCAGGGUGUCAUACAUCAAACAAUCUGUUCAUGAUGAUAUUUGGGGUAAUACAGAUUGUCCUUAGCCAAAUUCCAGACAUUAGCGAGCUUUCGAUGCUCUCCAUAAUCGCAGCCGUCAUGUCUUUUACUUACUCUACCAUCGGCCUUGGCCUGUCCAUAGCCAAAAUUGUAGGGGCACAUGUGAAGACGAGCUUAACGGGUGUAUAUGUCGGGGAUGAGGUCUCAAGUUCACAAAAAAUAUGGAGCUGCUUCCAAGCCAUUGGAAACAUUGCAUUUGCCUAUGCUUACUCUCUUGUCCUUGUUGAGAUACAGGAUACACUGAAAUCUAGCCCACCGGAGAACACGGUGAUGAGAAAAGCUACCUUGAUUGGAAUCUCAAUCAGCACUAUGUUCUACAUGUUAUGCGGAGUUCUGGGUUAUGCGGCAUUUGGGAACAAUGCACCUGGGAACUUUCUGACCGGAUUCGGUUUCUAUGAACCCUUCUGGCUGGUUGACUUCGCCAACUUGUGCAUUAUUGUUCAUCUUGUUGGAGCCUAUCAGGUAUACGGUCAGCCUGUAUAUGGAUUCGUGGAAAGUUGGUGCCGGAAGAAAUGGCCGCAGAGUGGAUUCAUAGCAAGAGAAUACCCCAUUCCCACACCAUUUGGAUCUACUUUCAACUUCAACUUCUUUAGGCUUGUCUGGAGAACAGCAUAUGUAAUAUUCACAACAGUGGUUGCGACGAUGCUCCCAUUCUUCAACGAUUUCUUGGGUCUUAUGGGCGCGGCAUCUUUCUGGCCAUUGACCGUGUAUUUUCCGAUUGAGAUGUACAUAUCACAGGCACAGAUUCGUAGAUUUUCCCCCGCGUGGAUUUAUAUGCAGCUACUCAGCUUGCUCUGCUUGAUUGUGUCACUUCUUGCUGCAGCUGGAUCUAUACAGGGCCUCAUCAAGUCUGUCCAGACCUACAAGCCUUUCCAAUCUAUAUCUUAGCUGAUCUUUCCAAUAUAUUUGUACGUUGAAAUAUAUGGCUAUUUAUUUGUAUAUCAAAAUAUAUUUGUACAUUAAAAUACAUGACUAUUU